AUGCCUCCACAACUCAUUGAAGAAAACAAGACCCAAGCCAGGCGCAUUACCGAGUUGGAGAAACGGAUGUCGGGUGGGAUCACUAUUUCGAGCGCUGAUACUCGUCAGGUUUCUGAGACAACGCUUGAUGUUGAUUCUAGUACGAUCAAUAACGUCAAGUUAGUUAAGUUGAAGCUACGCUCAGCUUCGAAGUCUGCAGCAGCUACUUGGUUUGAAUGGUACACAAGAACGCCACGUCUUUGGGAAGGCUGUGGUGUUCGUCAGUACAAGUCACAGUCCAAGCAAAUAGUCAACUUCAUGAAGUUGUUCUUAUCUCAUGGAUUUACACUCGAUCCAUCCUCAUCUGGGUAUAGUGACCGAGUGAUGACAGUUGGUAAUACUGCCGAAGCCAACACGAAAGCUUUCCUUCGAGGGAAAGGCAUGAAGAGCAAAUUGGGGUCGGGGCUUCUCAAACAACUACGUCUGCUUCAUCGUAACGGCGCUCCAAAAGAGGUCAUUAACGAUUACCGAGCUCGCUUGUCCGUUGGUCAAAUUUGCGGUCCUGCACCAGAGGAAACGAAAGAUUUCGCAUAG